AUGCUGCAGCCCGAGGGCCCCCAAGCUGGGGAGGAGCGGGCAGCCCCCCGGAACGAGUGCGUCGUUUGCUACUCUGCCUUCGACCUGGGGCGCCUGCACUGCGGCCACACCUUCUUUCAGGCUUGCGUGCUGCGGCUGCACGUGCCCGCCCUGGAGCAGCACCGGAUCACCUGCCCCCAGUGCCGCCAGAGCAACCCCCCGCCCCGCGGCGGGGUGGCCAUGCUGGACCUAGACCUGGCCACCUUCUUGGCCAUCCGGGCCAAGCAGCCCCCCGCGCCCCUCAAACACCUGAUGAUGGCUCUCCUGCUACAGGGCUGCGUGGCCCAGGUGGUGCAGCCCAUCCUCAAUGCAGGGGGGCUGAUCUACUUACUCAACCUGGAGGGUGUGCUGCUGUGGUGUGAAGUGCCACUGGCCAAGGGCUUUGGAGGCCUGGCCACCUGCUGCCCCAGCUGCCUUUGA